AAUCCUCUGAAAGACUUUGAGAAGAGAGAUGUCAGAAAGAGAUUGAUGAGGUUCUGGAAGGUAAAGCUCAUGCAUCUUUUGAGGACAGACUCAAAAUGCCGUACACACAGGCUGUGAUCCACGAGUGUCAGCGUGUCGCCAAUACUGUCCCUCUGAGUGUGUUUCACUGCACCAGCAGAGAUACUGAACUGAUGGGUUACAGCAUCCCAAAGGGUACUCUCAUCAUCCUGAACCUCGCCUCAGUGCUGAGUGAGGAAGGCCAGUGGAAGUUUCCUCAUGAGUUCAUGGUCACUCUGCUGCGGCAGUUUCGGUUCUUCUGGCCUGAAGAUGCCAGAGAACCAGACUUCACUCCUGUAUAUGGAAUCACACUCACACCCAAACCAUACAGGAUGGGGGUCAGACUGAGACAGACAGCUACAAUAUGAUUCCAAAUAUCUGUG